AGUUGUUCGACGUGUCGUCCCUUGUCGUUGACGCGCUUUCUAUAGAGAACUGUCAAUAUACCGCUGGCCGCAGCGGCUUCGACAUCGCCAGAAAUAUAGAAGAGCAAGCCCGAGGCCACGGGUUGCUCCGGACAUUCAACGCGUACCUCGACGUCCAGCAGUGCGCCACUCCUGCUACUUUGCGGUCCGAACUGCAGUCUAGCGGUGUUACGUUGGUGGACUGUCCGCAUAAUGGACAGAAGAACGUGGUGGAUCUUAUGCUUCUCACCGACAUGCUCGUCUUCGCGCUCAGGGAACCUGCGCCCUCGACGGUCGUGCUCGUCUCGGGUGAUCGGGACUUCGCCUAUACUGCGUCGAUUUUGCGGCAGAGGGGUAUCAAUGUGGUUCUCGUCUGCCAUGCGCGGCCAGGUCCACACAGAAGUUUGGCUGCCCAGGUCUCGGAAUGCGUGGAUUGGAACCAGACAAUUCUGAAGAUGGACGAAGAGGACAAGGCUAUCUUGCCCACAAAAAAGAAGCCGGCGACGGUGCCAUCGAAGUUCGUUACGCAAAUAAUCCCAGCCACAGAGUGUCUGGCAACUGGAAAAGCGGCUACGCCGGAGGAAGCCCCUGAAGCGGAUGCACUCCAAGAAUCCCCGUCGAUAUCCACGUCGUCUUCGCCGCUUACGGAAGAGCGCUCAGAUAUCGGUGGUGGUGGCCCUGAGGCGGACGUCAGCUCGGUUCAUCCAUCGCCAGUGCCGACUCGUGGGCGUCCGCCCGCUCCCUAUCCUUUGACAAGCUCUGUUGCGACUCAGUCGAGCCCAACGGCUAAGGUCGCCCUCUUCCAGCCUCUGAUCGGGGUCCUUCAAGCUCAUCUUCGCACCAAUGAUCCGUACCCUCGUCGCUCUCUCGUAGGCAGCGAACUCAUCGCCGGUCACCCGAGGGUCUAUGCUCAAGCCAAUGUUGCGGGGUUCAAAGAGUAUUCCGCUGCCGCGGAGGCUGCUGGCGUCGUUGUCUUGGGAGGAUUACAUGCCGCUGCAUGGAUUGCGCUCACUGUGGAGUACGGUGGCAUCACCGACGGGAAAGAGAGGAACACUGCUCCCGACAAGAGGCCGACUAGACGAAUGCCCAAUCAUCGUCCCCCUUCUCCAUUGGGCUAUCCACCUUCCCGGUCAGGAUAUCCAUCGGCUUAUUCACCUCCCUCGCCGAACUAUCGUCCCAUGUCCCCGUAUAGGCCAAUUUCGCCAUUUAACUAUCGUUCUCCUUCUCCAUACCGCAGUCGUGCUUACGCGACGUCAUACUAUCCGCGUACUAGGAGCCCAUCCCCUUCACUGUCCGCAUCUCCCCAAAGGGACCGUACAUAUCGGUCCUAUGUUCGUGCAUAUCAGCCAGCUGCCGCCACGGAACCCUGGAAACAAGCCCGCGAACGAUACAGGGCCUCACACUCCGCGCCAACGAUCACUCCUCCCUUUCGAACCCUGGUGAAUGUCCUAGAUGACCUCCGCAAGUCGGGGUCGGAUCGACCGCUGCGCUCAUGCGUGGGGCUGCGACUCGGACGGGAGGUGUACAAGAGCGCGGGUGUGAGCACCUUUGCAGAGUAUGUGAAUUUGGCGGUCAGCGCGGGGCUGGUCAGGACGGGAGGGAAGGAUGGCGGGGCGUGGAUUACGUUGGAUUGGGCCGUUCAGGUGUCUUCAUGACUUUGCUGCGAGCUGGCGCAAUAUGGGACGUUGUUUGGCCGCACGGUCGGCCUUCUCCCAUCGUCUUGAGCAGCCAGACUCAAAUGAAGAACGUGCGGUGUCAAGCUCACAUUAGCUAGGUACCCGUUUGUCCUGUCGUGCGCUGAUGGAUACGUUUCCUGGUAGAAGAGACCAUGGCCUGCCUUGCUAUUCAUACAGAGCCUUUG